UGCUUAUUACCAUCGUCCUCGUUUGUUGUCGUGCUCUUGCUCACCAUCAUUGCGUCGGGACUGCCUGAUGUAGCAAGUGCCACAUCGUGGUGCACUGUUGGUACCUGCCUGAACCAGUAAUCGGAAGGAAUCUCUGGGUGGCUCUAUGGCCUUUUCCGAAAAUCCGCGGUUAAACGAUGAGGAAUACCAGGACUACGAGCGCACGACUAUUUGCAUCCCCUCUUUGACUCAGUCUUGGAGCCUAGAUGCAUGGAAGUAUAUCCCGGCCAAGACGCCGGGUCCCUACCCUGUGAUUGUGAUGGCACAUAGUUUGAGUGCAAAAGGGUCAAUGGGACUGGAAACUUACGCUCAAGCGUUCGUAUCACUGGGAUAUGCAUGCGUUGCUUUCGAUUAUCGGCAUUGGGGAUCCUCAGAUGGAAAGCCUCGCCACUCGAUAUUCGUCUCAGAGCAACUUGAGGAUUACAGGACUGUAAUCGAGUUUUGCCGGCAACAGUCAAGAUUCGAUUCUCAACGUGUGAUCUUGUGGGGUUCGAGCUUAUCAGGAGGGCAUGUGGUGCUGCUUGCUAGUGAAAGAGAACUCAAUAUAUGCGCUGCUAUUGCACAGUGCCCAUAUCUCGGCAUUGCCGUGAGACCUUCCUUGAACGUGGCCGGAUUGAAGACUGUUGGCUACGCGCUUCUAGAUGUGUUAAAGCAGGCCGUGGGACUGGCGCCAGUGUUGAUACCUGCAGUUGCGCCUUAUGGUGAGGUGGCAGCACUUCCUACAUCUGGUCCAGUCCAGAGCAUGUACAAACUUGUGUAUGAUGAAGGCCCCUAUCCGAAAGAGAUUACAGCUUCAAGCCUGUUUGAGAUAUUAUUCUAUCGGCCUAAUUUGUCUGCCAAGAAUGUUACUUGUCCUGUCCUCAUCGUCGCCCUCAAGCAGGAUGAACUUUUCGAUAUUCGGGGAGCAGUAGAAGUUGCUCGUGAUGCGCCAAAUGCUCAACUCGUCGAAUUUGAUGGAGGGCAUUUCGAUGUGUACCCUGGUGGACGACUGUAUGACCAGUCGCUUACGGCACAGAUGACGUUCUUACUCAAACAAGUACCUAUAUGAAUGGGACGGCCUCUUUAGUCUCUGCUUGGCGAAUUUCAUUUGAGCGCACGACUUGCUAUUGAAUAGAUCAUAUCUUGGAACCGACCGAGCAAACCUCCUCUUUGUCGGAUCUCCUAUUGCACGUGAUUAAAGGCGGCCGACGCGUUCAGAUCGCGUAGGAUUCAUGGCGCGAUCGAUCAAGUCUCGCCCCGCUCUUGAGUUGCACGACCGAUGGUGCUAAUCAUCGUAGAUGGAACAUGUUGUCCUAAUCUAUUUUCCCCUGGCUGCCCUGGGCUCGCGCGCCUCUACUUCAAGAUCGUACCACUUGGAACUCAAAUCAUUCUAGCCUAGGAGCAACCAGGGAAUACAGAAAUUCUGCUUGUACCAGGAAAUCUUUCACGUGAAUCCUCCGAGUACCGGUCAUGGCGACAU